AUGUUUCUAUUUUCCAAAUAACUAGCUUGCUACAUACAUUAAUCUGUGCAAUUAUCUCUGCAGAAUAUGAAUAAUUAGUAUUUUUAGCUUUCAAAGUAAGUCGUCUUGUUUUUUGCAGUCGUGUUUUGGUUACUGCUCGAUUCAGUCGCUUAAAGCUAUGGAUAGUAAAUAUCGAAGGAACGGUCGGCUCAUCGAUAUAGUCGACGAGGAAUGGAGGGCCGAGCAGUUGCCUCAUGAAGAUAUUCAAGUUCCAUUAGAAGAACUACCAGAUCCCGAGGCCGACAGUGCGGAUUCUCAUCUUACACUUAAAGAACAAAGUAUGAGGUGGCAGGAAAAUUUUCCAGAGCCUGCGAGCAGUAAUCAAAACUAGGAACAUAUUAAUGUGAGAGACCAGAUAACUAAGUACUUGAAUGGUAAAGCAAAAUUAUUAACCACUCGAUGCAUUAUCAUAGAAACAGAAAAGAUUGCCAAGAAGACUCAUGGAGCUUUAACAAUAUUGAAACAAUUUGGU